CCAAAACUAUAAGGCGACCCUGCGAUUCGAGAGAGCAGAGAGGGAUCGAUUCAUUCGGUUUUGUUUUGUUGUUGUAAUCUUCUUUCCUUUGAAGGUACUGUGGUGUUAGGGUUUUGAGUUCCUCUGCAAUGGCGCUCAAAUUUUUGAACAAGAAAGGAUGGCACACGGGGAGCCUCAGAAACAUCGAGAACGUGUGGAAGGCGGAGCAGAAGCAUGACGCCGAGCAGAAGAAGUUGGAAGAGCUUCGCAAGCAGAUUCAGGAAGAGCGAGAGCGCAACGACUUUCGCCUUCUUCAGGAGCAAGCUGGCCUCGUUCCUCGCCAGGAGAGGUUGGAAUUUCUCUACGAUUCCGGGUUGUCCGUUGGAAAGUCUUCCAAUUCCGAAGGAUUCAAGUCCCUUGAGCAGUUCCCCAAAUCCGAUGCUACGGAACCGCCCUUAUCCUCUGCUUCAAAGGAAGGGGCAAGUGUGCCCGGAGCAUUGUUCGAAGACAAGCCUCAAUCUGCCAAUGAUGCUUGGAGGAAGCUCCAUUCCGACCCUCUGCUCAUGAUUCGCCAGCGUGAGCAGGAGGCGCUUGCCAAGAUCAAAAACAACCCUGUCAAGAUGGCUAUGAUCAAGAAAUCGAUUGAAGGAACAGAACGCAAAGAGAAGGCUCACAAUAAAAAGGAAAAGCGGAAGAAGCACCGUUCUAGUAAAUCCAAGCAUAAAGAGCAGUCUGAUUCGGAAGAUGACACUACUGAAAGGAGAAAAUCAAAGCAUAAAAAACAGUCUGAUUCAGAAGAUGACACCACUGAAAGGAGAAAAUCAAAGCAUAAAAAACAGUCUGAUUCGGAAGAUGACACCACUGAAAGGAGAAAAUCAAAGUAUAAAAAACUGUCUGAUUCAGAAGAUGAAACUACUGACAGGAGAAAAAGAAAGACUGGGAAUGUAGACUCUGACAGGAGUCGUCAUAAUGCUCGAUCAGAUUCAGGGCAUGAAUCAAGUGAUGGAGAAAAGAGAAGAAGGAAGAAUAACUAUGAAGACAAAAGAUACAGGGAAAGAUCACCCAGUCACCAAUGGAGACAAAGAAAUGGCAAAGACUAUAAAGAAGAUGCUGGUGACAGAUAUUAUAACAUGUCUAGGUCAGAAAAAUAUGCUUCAGAGGGCCAGUCCAAAGUAGAUGCCCCUAAAAGUGGGGACAGGAGAUUUUCUGAAGCAAGUUCUAAUAGAUAUUCUGCCUCUUCACAUGAACGUGGAUCACACUAUAAGCGCAGAAAUGUGGCACCUAAACUUACAGAUGAAGAGCGGGCUGCUAAACUUAGGCAUAUGCAAUUGGCUGCCGAGUUGCAUGAAGAACAGAGAUGGAAACGCAUAAAGAAGGCUGAGGAGUCUGAUGCACAGGAAGCAAUCGAAAAUAAUAAAGCUGGUGGCAAGAAUUUCUUGGAUACUGCUCAGAAAAGUGUAUAUGGCGCUGCUGAAGGAGGGAGCACAUCAAUAGCUGAGAGUGUUCGUCGUCGGACACAUUAUUCUCAAGGCAGGUCUGGUGGGGAAGGCAAUGCAUUUCGGCGAUGAAUGCUGCCUGGUUUUAUCACCAAAUUUACUUAUAAGUUUAAUAACUCUUGUUUCUAAAGUUUCACCAAUUGUAUCACUAAAUCCUUAUAUUUAAAAGUAUUUCAUUUUAGUUUUUAUA